CUCGGGGACGAAAAGGGUGUUGUUGUGGUUCUUGUUGACAGGAGCGGAUAAAAGUGCACCGUUGGGGUCCGUGAGUGGGUCUAAACAACAGCUGUGUAGAGGUACACAAACAGGGGUCUAAAAGGCUGGACCCUUAGUUUAACUACCCCCUCUGGAUUGAGAACAGACAGUGUCCAGUCAUGAAGAUAUUCCUGCUGAAAGCACUGCUGCUUCUCCUGUUCCUCGUCCUGCUGUUCCUGAUCCUGCGGGUUCUCGAGGGAGUUGCUUGGUAUGAGACGGGGUUGGUGAUUUCACAGAUUGUUGAUCCGCUUUCUCUGAGUGUACGGAAGCUCAAGGUGCUACUUGAUGGCCGGGGGAUAAGUUAUGGUGGGGUUGUUGAGAAGCAAGAAUUGACCUCACUUUUGCAGGCAUCAGGUGAUGUAAUGGAAGGGGAACUCCUCCUGUUGGAGCGGGAAGAGGAGGAAGAAGAGCGGAGUACCAGCUUCAGCAGUGGUCCCCACUUCUAUGAAGAAGUAGAAGACAAGAAGGACAGCAUCUGGCUGAUUCAGGUCAUCCCCAGAGGUAACUUUCCUCUGCUAGAAAAAGAAACCUGGAAGACGGUCAUCAAGAAAGUCUCUCAUUUUGGAAUCAGAGCUGGAACCUUCGACUGCUCUCAUGACAACAGAUUCUGCCGGAAGAGAGGAUGGACACAGCCCAUACUCAUACUAGCUACACCGCAAGGACUGAAUCAGAAAGACUCUGUUGUCAUGGCAACCUAUCCCUCGUCCAAUCUCAAGGCUUCUAAAGUCCUCAACUGGGUCAACAGUAGACUAGCCAAGACGGUCAACACAGUAGAUGAAGGCCAAUUGGUUAAGGAAUGGCUCAAACCAUCAGACGGCAAACCCUCAACACCCCCGAUAAAGUUCAUCCUUUUAUCUGAAGAAGAAGAUGCUGAAGCUCCAUUGUUUUUCUCGGCCAUCAGUUUAAAGUAUUCCGGGCGAGUCAAGUUCAGACAGGCAUUCAUAGGUGACAGAACACAGAAACUGCUAUCGGAAAACUUCAAAAUUGAAACUAAAUCGUCCCGUUAUCUUGUCGGUACUCCGGAGGGGUUCAUUUUGUACGGAAUGGACGAUGGGGAAUACAUGAACCAUCGCUCUAUGGACGUCUACUUACGAACCCUGUACCCACAAGCCAAUGAUUUCUUCAUGCUGUCCUUUAUGAUUGGAAACAUGCUUUGUGUCUUGGAGAUUGCCGUGAGCGGGGAUGAUGUCCUUGCCAAAAGGGUCUGUCAUUUUCUUUGGGUGUGGGCAAAGUACAAUGCCAUCCUGAUAACGUUAUGGUUACCUCUACUUGCUCUCACCCAGAUCCCAUUCCUUGACCCCGCUUUUCAGUUCUGCCACAAGAUUCUUAGACUAUGGAGCCAGACUGGCUUGGCCUCCCAGAUUCGGUGCAUGUGGAUCAUGCAUAGUUACCACAGCGGUUUAAUCGUUGCAUCAUUUCUCUUCUUCUGUGCUGUGGUCGGCUAUUGUCAAAGUCGACUCUCCAGAGCGGAGAGCGAAGCGCAAGAAGGAACGUCCAGUACUGAGUGGUUGCAAAGCACUAUGGGUGAUUAUUACAACAUGUUGGUGCGUCCGAGCCCAGGUUACACUCCCGUCAUACUAAACAACGCCCAUGUUGAAUCGGGCGUACCAUGGAAUCCCAUCAACCCUCUUGGGUUCCCAAAUCUCUUCCUGCUAGCAGACAAGUCGCAGGACUAUGUGAAGGAUCUUCCAACUUGGUACUACCAGCGAGAAAUCAAAGCCGAGCCAUCGAUGAAGAGCUUUUUCAGAAAUGGCUCUUGCUGGAACGUCUGCUCCCCUGACAACAAAGACAAACGUCAUCAGGAAAACUGUCAACUUUUGCGAGAGUAUUUUAUGGAACGAGACAAACAUUUGAAAGAGUUUAAAGAGGCUGAGAAGUAUACAAAGCGAGGGAAAAAACAUUCUUGUAAAAAGUGGCUUCCUAGGUUUGUAGAUGACCCUCGGAGAGGUGAGCCUUUCUUAGUCACUGACGACCACAAAGUAUCUGAUUCUUGUAAAGAGGGGGCAGUCUUAAAUCUACCACCAGAAAAUCUUGGGAGUACAUCUUUAGAUGUGAAUCAAACUUUUACGAAGAAUGUCCAAACUGAAUUUGAGAACUCCAGCUGUAAAGAAAAUCCACCCGGUAACGGACAGGGUAGAGUUCCCAUUUCAGAUGAAAAAUCAAAAGAAUACGUCGACAUGAAACCAAUAUGUGAUUGUGAUUUGCUUGACCUUCAAGCCAACAUGGUUGACCGUGGCUUGGGUGACGUGGCGACCAUCAACCCGUGGCCAGAGGGCAUGAUGAAGAGUUCAGAGUGUUCCAUUUGUCUUGAGCCGUACAUGCAAGGUGUGGAGCUUUGUGGCUUACCCUGUGGCCAUGCGUUUCACCAGCGCUGCGUCACGUUAUGGUUGACCAGUAAUCGUAACCACUGCUGUCCAAACUGUCGGUGGCCGGCUUUUAAAACCAAAGGCUCCAAAUUGUCCAAACACAAAGAUUAAGUUUGAAGGGGUUUAAAUGAAAGUUUACCGUGUGUCCUAUUUUUAGCUUGGUUUGCAAUAGCACUGAUACUGUUUCAUAGUGAUGCCUGUAGCAUUUGCUCAGAAAUUGAAUUUAAAUUUGUAUAAACCCUCCUCAUCUUAAGUAUGUUCCUUUCAUUAAUCCCUGAUGUAUGAUAAAGAUGUUUUUUAGGUACAAACACUUAAAGACACUCGACACUAUUGGUAAUUGUCAAAGACUAGCCU